ACACCGUGACCCGUAUCCAGCGAUAUAUGCACACAAUCGCUGGGUGGCAGUAAACAAUCGCCUCAAACCCACCCCUGAAAUUCUGGUCAGAGUCACCUCCGCAUUGUCCCAUGUCCAUUUGUAGCGCGAUUGAAAGGUCUUCUCAUUGUGAAACAGUUUCACAACGAGAGGAUACGUGCUCCAAAUUUACUAUACUACCAACACCUGAUUGAAUCAUCUAUCGUGGACGUGGAAAUAGAUUCUGUGAGUGUGCUGUAUAGGCAUUGUCUUGAUCAUCCUGGACCUCGUAUUCUCCAAACUGAUUCAACCCCACUUGGAGCGGAAACAAAUGAACUCAAAUAGGCUCCAGGCAGCCGUUCACCAUAUCCUCAAUUAAUCAAACAAUUCCACCCUCAAGAGAGACAAACGAAACGAACGCCAUGGCUGAGUAUCUCGACUCCAUCGACUGGGCUUCUCUGCAGCACGCGUACGGCGAAGCAAGCGACGUGCCUGACGACCUCCGCGACCUAGUGUCGCCAGAAAAAGAGACGCGCGACGAUGCAUAUUACCGCCUCUACGGGAAUAUCUUCCACCAAGCAACCCGCUACGAAGCAACCGCGUAUGCGGUCCCAUAUCUGCUCAAAAUCCUGGAGAACCCCUCCACGCCGGACCGAGCCACCGUGAUUAGCUAUCUGGUUGAUCUGGCCCUGGGGAUUCCCUCGCUCUCUUUACCGGAGGGUGCCAAUCCGGCUGAAUACCGUGAGCGUACGAGGAGAUUACACACUCCCGAGUAUGAAGUGGAAUAUUAUGCUGAAAUGGAUGAGUUGGUUAAUCAGGCGAGGAAUGAAGGCCAAAGAAAGAUGCACGAGUAUGAUCGCUCGGUUGGGUUGAAGCGAAAUCGUGAAGAAUCUAAACAUGAGUUGGCGGCGUAUGAUGCAGUUUCUGCAGGCGUUCCAGUCUUCCAGCAAUGUUUGGAAGAGGAUGAUCCGGAGGUGAGGACGUGGGCGGCUUUUGCACUGGCUUGGUUUCCUGGGGAAGAGGCCAGUGGAAGAAAUUAUAGCAGUGCUGUUGCCUUGCAGCGACUCCUUGGCCAGGAACAAGAAAGCAUCGUUCUCGCCAGUGCCAUUAUCGCUCUUGGUCUGCUGAUUGGCUGUUGGAAAGAUGCUGGUGCUACCGAUGGAUUCGACAAUUGUGUCCCUAGCCUUCGCGAGUAUGCAACUGAUCAGCGUCCACUGGUUCGGUUCGCUGCCGCAGUUGCUCUCAUCCGACUGCAGCAUCAUAUCCCAGAGAACGUCUCCAUCUUAGCCCGUGUUCUAACAGACCGCUCGUUCAUCCCUGCAGCUGAUGCCCGUUACUCGCACAAUCUACCCUUCCCAUUCUGCGAAGGGGACCUGUUCAAAUACAGCGGCAAGAUCCUGAUAACCUUGGAUAUGGACGAUUACCCGGACGUGCUUCCCAUGGCGCUAGAGGCAUUGCCCCGUUCCGAAAAGACAGAAGCUCUCGAACUGACGAGAAUUGUCAUGGAGCUGGCUUUUGGUCCUUGCCCUGAUGAUGAUGAUACAUGGCCUUUUGCGUCGCUGAAUGAGAUUCAACAACAUAUAGUCACGGUUUUGGCAGAGAUGGCAGACGAAUACUGGGAGUGGGGUACCUUGGGGGAAAUUCUGGAGGAAUGGAAUAUUCCAGGUGAGAGUCGAGAUGAGUGUCGACAGGUAUAGAAGAUCAAAUGGUGGAUUUAUUCUUGGAAUGCUAGAUGGUACUGUCCUCUCUUCAGCAUUUCAGGCGCAGUAGGUGAUGGAAAUCUUCAGCCCGCAUGAAUAAUUCUAUAUUAGUUUGAUUCGUGGGUUCUGGGCUUUGGUAGGGUGUGGGAUGAGCUCUGUUAGAUUCUUCUUGUAGAUGUCUAGUGGUACGUGCUGGUAGUUUCCAGGUAAACAUGCGUUGUUGCAUCCCAGGAAUAUCAACUGAUUUGUUAAUGACCUUCCCAUAUUGUGACCGGUCAACCUACCAUGAGUCGGACUGAUACAGUCUGAGGUGCAGGAAAGAAUUUCAGCAACACUUUGACUGCAUUGGCAGUUGUAUAACCACUGCCGCAUGGUUUAGACUCAUCUUGUCAGUGAUUAGGGGACAUACUUGAAUUCACGGUUGAUUACGUCCAGAAGACGACUGCAAGC